AUGAGCAAUAAUAUCGUCCAGCGUUCCCCACCCGCGGUGCAGGGCCAUGAUGAUCGUGUACCCUGCACUCCGCGCCACCCUCUUAGGAAGCACUUUCUCUCCUUCAAGCCAGUGCCCGCCCACAUCCCUCGUACCCCAACAUGGUUGAAGGCUCUUCCGAUCUUGGCCAUUCUCCUUGCUUUUGUGACUAUGGUGUACAGUGCCUCCUUGAAUCCACCAGAGCUGUUCACCUCGAUCAUUAGCGGAAUUGCAGUCGCUCUUGUUAGCGUUGUACUCAUCGUUCAGCUUUGGGCUACGACUUUGUACAACUACUACGUACGCAUCGCAAUCGACGUCAUUUUCACCGCGCUUUGGAUCGUUGCUUUGGUGCUCGAAGCCAAGAAACCCCAUUCUACCAGCCAUGGACUUGAUCCCGGUAAUGAAAACCCCCAGGCUAAGACAGAGCAUCGAUCUACUUUCAACCAGGGUCUAAUUGUCCUCCUCGCCUUGGAAGUCGUACUUUUCGUCGCUCACUUAGGUCUAUCUGCGUACUACUUCUAUCUCCAUCGUGAAGCUGGCGGGCAUAGCAAGGUCAUAAAGGACCGCCAUGGCAAACUCAUCACGAAGGACAUCCCUCCGCCAGGAAUUUGGGAAGAGCUCAGCUCGCCUACUACUCCUGUUGCACCAGAGAUAUUACCAGCCCGACCAGCCCCUCGCAGACGCCGAUCCGAUGCUCACGUGCAGGGUAAUAACCGACUUGAGCUCGAUCCUCUGCGAAUGACACCCUUCAACGGUCUUGGCGUCCAGCUGGACAACCAACGCGAGCCCGAACCUGCGAACAAUUGAUCUGGAUAUGCGCCCAUAGACAGUAGUUUGCUGGUUCAGGAUGGCAGUUGGCCCGUUGCUGUUGAUAGGUGUUACUUGGGUAAUGAUGAUGAGACCUUUUACGAGCUUUGGCUUUUCC